AUGCCAAAUGCUGACAAGAGCAGCGUAGGCUUCAAAAACAUCGGUGCUCGAAGCUAUAGCCCAUUCGCGGUUUACUUUGAUUUGGAGUCUGUGCUGGAGAAGGUGGAGACGGUGAGAAAUAAUCCUAACUGCUCGAGCACAACCGUGAUUGAAAAACAUAAGCCCAGCAGUUUUUGCCUUGUCGUUGUGGAAGCUGGAAACCCGAAACCUGCGUUUUUUUCACUUCAUCGAGGAGUGGACGCCAUGACUAAAUUCGUUCGAAUGCUGGAAGUAUUGGCGCGUGACUUUCAUAAUAAAAAACGACGAUACCCGAACUACCUCGGAAGCACCACUAUUCUUGAAGACAGUGACAAAUGCUGGAUUUGCGAAGAGGAAUUCUCCGAAACUAACGCGAAAGUUUUGGACCAUAAUCAUUUCGAUGGAUCAUUCCUCGGAUGGGCUCACAACAAAUGCAACUUCCUGAGACGUACCAUACAAUUCAAUCCUGUCUUUGCCCACAAUCUCCAGAAUUAUGAUUUGCACCAUGUACUGAAGAGUCUGCAAGAUACCAAUACCAGAAACACCUUUUCGGUCAUUCCUCUCAAUGACGAAAAAUUUAUUUCACUAACAAUGAAAGUGUGGAUUAGAUCGUACACUAACGAAAAAGGAAAUGUCUAUAAUGUCUACGAAGAAAUCCGUUUUGUGGACAGUUGUAAAUUUAUGAACAGCUCACUCGAUGAGCUAGCUCGAAAUCUACCCGUGGAAAAGUUCAUCUAUCUCAAUAACCACUUUGCUACCCGACCGGAAGAAGAUAAAGCAUUGAUUCGACAAAAAGGUUACUUCCCCUACUCGUAUGUUGACAGCCAUGCAAGAUACACAGAAGAUGGACUACCUGCACGCGACAAGUGGACCAACACGCUGCAAGGAGGUGUUGUUAGUGUCAGUGAAAAAGAAUACCAACAUGCAUGGUUAGUGUACACUCGUUUCGGUUGUCAGACUUUGGGCGAAUACAGCGAUUUGUAUCUAACGACUGAUACCUUGAUUCUUGCAUGCGUUUUUGAAGAGUUUAGACGAGUGUGUUAUGAAACAUAUAAGCUAGAUUGUGCUCAAUAUUUCACGGUUAGCAAUCUCUCAGGGGAUGCAUUUUUGCGAACAUGUAAGGCUGACCUCCAUUUGCUCACUAAUAGGGAGCACUUGGAUAUGGCAGAAAACCUGAUCAGGGGGGGCAUUGCAAGUGUGUUUGAAAAAAGACUUGUUUCCGCCAACAAUAAAUUUGUGAAAAAUUACGACCCUAAACAGCCUAACACUUUCCUCUUCAUGAUAGACGCGAACAAUUUAUACGGCGGGAUUAUGGAAAAAUUUCCUCUUCCACUUAACUCAUUCGAGUUUAAUGACCAAGUUACUAUAGCCGUAAUUCUCAACACGAGCAGAGAAUCCGAAAUUGGAUACAUUUUGGACGUCGAUCUUUUAUACCCCGAUCAUUUGCAUGAUGCACAUUCGGAUUACCCACUCGCCCCAACAAAAGAAGUUGUGUCCAAAAUGUGGCUCAGUGAGCUUCAAUUGGACAUGUUGAAAAAAAUGAACAUUUCGGAUAAAUUCCAUUACAACAUAAUCAAGAAAAAUUUUGACGCAACUCUUUUAUAUUCGGACACUGAUUCGUUCCUGUAUGAAAUCCGCAGCAAAGAUCUCUACAAGGAAAUUGAGAAAAACCAUGAACUGCGAAAUCAUUUUGACUUUUCAAAUCUACCAGUCACCCACCCCCUCUACACCAACGAGAAUUUGCGCGUUACCCUGAAAUUCAAGGACGAGUUUGCUGGGGAGAUCAUACAGGAGUACGUCGGACUAAAACCCAAACUGUACAGCAUUAUUUCUUCGAACAUGGACAAAAAAAGCGCUAAAGACAGAGUAACUACUAGUCCUUUCGGACAUAAACGUUUGCGUGAGGAUAUGUUCAUAAGAGAAAUUGGGCGCACCAUGGACUGGGGCGAAUACGACGUAGACGACGACGCCGUGGUCCCAACUCCCACCGAUAACGGAAGUGGGGAGGAUUUGGCUGAAGCUAUAGAAGCGCAGGGUGGGUAUUAUGUGGAUAUUUUUACUCUACCAGAUAUGGGGUUCAACCAACCCACAUACACUGAUCAAGAGCUAGAACAGGAUUUGGUAGAUUUCGACCAGCUAAGUGAGCAAAAUGAGUCAGAACCAGCAGCGUACAACUGCCCCUAUUUGGACAUUGAAGCUCGGGAAGAAAACGAGCGGGAAGAAAUUAGACCACCUAAACGGCGGCGGUGCUUAAAUCGACGUGCUUUUAUAUUAGACGAUUCUGACUAA